AGGCGCGCCGUAGUUCACGUUCCGUGUUUUCAUUUGGCCAGCUGGUCUCCCGACAUCAGGAGACAUUACAGGUCUGCACAAACUAGGUUAGUUAGAUAAAUGGUUGACAUUGUUUUCUAGUCAAAAUAGCCAAAAUGUCUUCAAGCGGUGGUAUUCAGAUUCCUGGUCGUUUACCUCUGUUGCUGACCCACGAAGGAGUGCUAUUACCUGGCGCCACAAUGCGAAUCAGCGUAGACACCGCCAGAAACAUGCAACUUGUCAAGAGCAGACUUUUGAAGGGGACUUCGCUCAAGAGUACAAUAAUUGGUGUCAUCCCAAACACCAGAGAUCCAGACCACGACUCAGACGAGCUCCCCACUCUGCACAGCAUUGGCACGGCAGGGCUGGCGGUGCAGGUGGUGGGCAGCAACUGGCCCAAGCCCCACUACACGCUGCUGAUCACUGGCCUGUGCCGCUUCCGUGUGGCCCAGCUCCUCAAGGAGCGGCCCUUCCCCCUGGCCGAGGUGCUGCAACUGGACCAGCUGGAGCAGCUCUCCAACAGCCCCGACGGAGAGCUAGGGGAGCUGGGGGAGAGAUUCUACGAGGCCGCCGUGCAGUUGGUUGGAAUGUUGGACAUGUCGGUGCCUGUGGUUGCCAAGUUGAGAAGAAUGUUGGACAGUCUGCCCAGAGAGACCUUGCCAGAUGUAUUGGCCUCUAUGAUCCGCACCACCAACAAGGAGAAGCUGCAGGUGCUGGACGCAGUGAGCCUGGAGGAGCGCUUCAAGAAAACUCUUCCUCUGCUCUUCAGGCAGAUCGAGGGCCUGAAACUUCUGCAGAAGACCAGGAAGCCCAAACCAGAUGAUGACAAGAAGGUUCUGUCCAUAAGAAAGGGGGGAGUGUUUCCUAUCCAUCAGUUUUCCCUGGAAGAGGAGGCGGAGGAUGAUGAUGGAGAUGACAUCACUCUGCUGGAGAGGAAGGUCAAAGGGGUGAACAUGCCAGAGCCAGCCCUACGUGUCUGUGUCAAGGAGCUCAAGAGGCUGAAGAAGAUGCCUCAGUCCAUGCCAGAGUACGCUCUCACCAGGAACUACCUGGAGCUGAUGGUGGAGCUUCCCUGGAGCAAGAGCACCACAGACUGCCUGGACAUCCGUGCGGCGCGCGUGCUGCUGGACAAUGACCACUACGCCAUGGAGAAGCUGAAGCGGCGCGUGCUGGAGUACCUGGCGGUGCGGCAGCUCAAGAGCUCGCUCAAGGGGCCCAUCCUGUGCUUCGUGGGGCCGCCCGGCGUGGGCAAGACCAGCGUGGGCCGCUCCAUCGCCCGCACGCUGGGCCGCGAGUUCCACCGCAUCGCCCUGGGGGGCGUCUGCGACCAGUCCGACAUCCGCGGCCACAGGCGCACAUAUGUGGGCAGCAUGCCAGGGCGGAUCAUUAACGGCCUAAAGUCUGUAGGCGUCAACAAUCCCGUCUUCCUGCUGGACGAGGUGGACAAGCUGGGCAAGAGCUUGCAGGGAGACCCUGCUGCCGCCCUGCUGGAGGUCCUGGAUCCUGAGCAGAACCACAGCUUCACUGACCACUACCUUAACGUGGCCUUCGACCUCUCCCAAGUCCUCUUCAUCGCCACCGCCAACACCACCGCCACCAUCCCCCCCGCCCUGCUGGACAGGAUGGAGGUCCUGCAGGUGCCAGGUUACACCCAGGAAGAGAAGGUGGAGAUUGCUCACCGCCAUCUGAUCCCACAUCAGCUGGAGCAACAUGGGCUCACACCUCAACAGCUCCAGAUCCCACCUCACACCACACACGACAUCAUCAGCAGAUACACAAGAGAAGCAGGUGUGCGGUCACUGGAGAGAAAGAUUGGGGCCAUCUGUCGAGCCGUGGCCGUCAAGGUCGCCGAAGGUCACAAGAUGUCCAAGCAGGAGAGCUCCAACCAUCAACAGGACCAACCUGGAGCGGAGGAGAAGGAGGCUGGAGCGGAGGAGGCCCAAAGGGAGUCUGCUGACCUCAGUGCCCCUCCCGAGAUGCCCAUCCUGAUCGACCCCAUCGCCCUCAAAGAUAUCCUGGGACCCCCUCUCUUCGAGAUGGAGGUGUCCGAGCGACUGACGCUGCCCGGUGUGGCCAUUGGCCUGGCCUGGACACCUCUGGGUGGGGAGAUCAUGUUUGUGGAGGCCAGCCGCAUGGAGGGCGACGGGCAGCUGACUCUGACCGGACAGCUGGGCGACGUGAUGAAGGAGUCGGCUCACCUGGCCAUCAGCUGGCUGCGCAGCAAUGCCAAACUGUACCAGCUCACCAACAUGUCCGGUCAUCCAGACCCCAUGGAGGGAACAGACAUCCACCUGCAUUUCCCUGCUGGUGCCGUGCUGAAAGACGGCCCCUCUGCUGGCGUGACCAUCGUGACGUGCUUGGCGUCGCUCUUGACUGGGCGACUGGUGCGCUCGGACGUGGCGAUGACGGGAGAGAUCACACUCAGAGGCCUGGUGCUACCGGUCGGCGGCAUCAAAGACAAAGUGCUGGCCGCCCACAGGGCGGGCCUGAAGCGAGUCAUCAUUCCCAAGCGCAACGAGAAGGACCUGGAAGAGAUCCCGGCCCACAUCAGGGAGGAGCUGGACUUCGUGGCAGCCGGCAGCGUGGACCAGGUCCUGAACGCCGCCUUCAGCGGGGGUUUCCCGGCAGCAGCAGCCGCCGCCAGCAGCCCUCUGACACACCCACACCUCGCCAGCAAGCUCUGAGACCACUUGGCUUCCGACGCUGUCAAAAACACUCAUUGCUCAUUCUGGGGUUUCAGUUCCCAAAUAUGGCAAACUUACGAAUGACUGACUACGUACACACAAACAUGUAGACCUCUCCGAACCUCCGAGAGGGAAACUAAAUCAAGAGCAAACAGGAUGCUCCCUCACGUCUCAGUAACCAGAAUUGACCUGCCAUUCAAGAGGUCAUGGUAUUUGUAGCACUUAUUUGAGGUCCUGUUCAUUCUAUCGUCUAUAGAAUUAACCUUGCCUAGCUUUGUAAGUCCUAGCUUUGUAAGUCCUCAGCAUGGAUAGUCAUUACCAUACACCAUGUAGACAGCAGUGUGUUAAACAUACUAAAUGUCAUACUGUCAGUUUUCAGACCAUACUCUCUUGAACUAAAUCAUGGACUUACUGGAAUUAAGUACCACUGAUCAUUUGCACCAGAUGAUGAUAUACUGGUUUGAAAAGUGAAGUAUGAUUCUUAAUGAACAGUGUUUCUAGUGCCUUUGUCAACCUCUCGUUCAGUAAUGGAGAGCAGUGUGCGGUCUGCUUUGAGUCUGAACCUCUGGAAUGGCCUGUGACUGAUUUGGUGCUCUGAAACAUGGCUACUAAUAAGACCAAAUAAAUAUGAAACUAGA